AACGGAUCAGCACUCGGCAAACUUCAGUCAACAACAUGCAUGUGUCUCACAACCAGAAGAUUUGUGUCAUUUGAAAAGACUUAGGGAGGAGGAAAAAGACUCAGGAGUACAAGAACUCAGUCAGCUGACAGAAACAACAGUAACCCAGUGCUUAGACAUGGCCAGCACCCAGACCAGUUUGAAAACCCCCUUCAAAGACUUGACCUCAUUCAAGGGCAACAUGAAACGGCUGUACAGAGAGCGGCUGGAAGACGCACCCAUCAAGAAGCGACUAAUGGCAGAGAUCAACCUGAAGCGUCGCAGCACGGAUUCCCUCCCCAAAACUCCCAAAGUGAAGAGGGAGCAGACCGAGGAUCUGUGCCACGACCCUGACAUGGAUUUCGCGGGCCAGGCUGAAUUGCAUGUGGCGGGCUCUGCUAAAGCCCUGGACCUGAGCCCUGGGCUCAAACACACACUAGCCCAGUUCACCCUCAGCAGCCAAAGCUCCCUUGGGGGCCCAGCUGCCUUCUCAGCCCGUACCGGCCACGAGCAUUCCCAAGCCGGUAUGCCCUCCCCUCCUGUCCUGGGAGGGGGCCCUCUGCUGGUUCCCUGUGACAGCUCCAAUGAACUCACCCACUCGCUGCUGGAAGGGGAGUCCAUCUCCUGCUUCGUCGUCGGGGGAGAGAAGCGUCUCUGCUUGCCCCAGGUGCUCAACUCUGUGCUCCGCGACUUCUCGCUGCAGCAGAUCAACACUGUGUGCGAUGAGCUCUACGUCUAUUGCUCACGCUGCGAUGCUGAGCAGCUGCACAUCCUUAAAGUGUUGGGAAUUCUGCCGUUCAACGCACCUUCCUGUGGCCUCAUUACACUGACGGAUGCACAACGGUUGUGCAACGCGUUGCUGCGCCCUGGAGCGGCAUUGCUUGCCGACCCCAGUGGUAAGCUGUCGGCCGAGGGCCUGCUGAAGGAGAGUAAAGCCAGCUUCCAGGUGGAGCACCAAUGUCUGGGGAAGUGCCAGGGUCUCUUUGUGCCCCAGUUCUACACCCAGCCCGAGGCGCCCUGCAUCCAGUGUGUUGAGUGCCAGUUGCUCUUUUCCCCGCAGAAGUUUGUCAUGCAUUCACACAAGUCACCUGAUAAGAGGACCUGCCACUGGGGCUUUGAUUCAGCCAAGUGGCCCUGCUACCUACAGCUUGCCAGGAAGUACGAGGGAACGCCCGAGGAACCCAGGCUCCAGCAGCUCCUUGACGAGGUCAAAGAGAAGUUCCACUGCCAGCUCAAGAGGUCAAUAGACAAAAAGGCUGUGGAGGAAGAGGAGAGCCAGGUGAGGAAAUCCUCAGCAGACCUGUGCUCACCCAGUGGCAAGAUGGCCAAUGCCUACCCUGAGAGAAAGGGAAAAACAUCUCCACCUGCUUUGGUCUUCAACCGUCUUUUUUCGGACAUUAAGGAGGAACCAGAACACCCCACCCUGGUCCAUCCCAGUUACUACAUGUACACGUACGAUAAGAUGGUGGCUCCCAACGUGUCUCUGCAGCAUGAGGCGGAGAUGAGCCAGGAGAUGCUUGGAGCGCUGCUGAAACACCACUACAGCCGCAGAGUGCUGGGCCACGACGAGCCACCCAUGGAUCUUCACGCGUCGCCCCCUGUCGCUGCUGGCGCCGAGGAGGCCAAAUCCCAACAUGCCGCUGCUGCCUCGGCCACCGAGCCGGAAUGCCAAGCCCAGGCAGUUUCCAUGGAGACAAGCAGCCCGAGCUGCAAGAAAGCCUCCCACACCCCCGCCCACACCCCUCCUCCUCAUCCUCCUCCUCCUCCUGCGUCGUUGUUGACGCCGGUAUCGGAAGUAGUGGCUAAAGACACAGGCUCUGCCACAAGCGGCACUGCAGUGGUGGUGGGGGGGCUGGAGGACGACAAGGACAGGAUUGUUGUGGAGAUCAUGCAGAUGUACAGCAGGCAGCAGGACAAGCUGAACUCCACCCUGCAUAAGCAGCUGCAGCUGGAAUUGGAGCUGGAGGCGGUACGCGGGGGCGAGGCAGCGAGGUUACGGGAGCUGAGCGCCGAGCAGCGGGAGCUUCGCAGCGAGCUGGAGGCGGUGCACAGUGAGCAGGCGAGGCAGCUCAACCAGGCCCGCCAGGAACAGCUGGAGCUGGAGACCCGUCUGGAGCAGCUCCGACAGCAGGCCUGCGCCUGCGAAAUGGGGGUACAGCGCCAACAAGAGGCCCACUACACCACACAGUUGUCGGAGCUUCGUCAGAGGCUGGAGCGGGCGGAGGCAGAUCGCCAGGAGCUGCAGGAGGAGCUGCGCCGGGAGCGGGAGGCUCGGGAGAAGCUGGAGCACACCAUCGCCCAACUCAGGCAGCAGAUGGCCCGGUCUGGCACUAUGGGAGGCAGCCCCUCUCCUCCUCUCACCCCUUCCACCGGACCCCCUAGCGCCCUCUCCCCGCCCUCCUCCUCUUCUUCCUCCAUCUCGGAGGCCCCAGCGUCUGGCCAAAAGUAACUGCCACCCCUCCGGGCGCCUCCUUCCCUCCCUCAUUCCUCUUCGCCAUCACCCACCAACUCUACAGACACAAACAAAUCAGCCUGAAGCAGAACGGAGCUUCACAUCUCCUCAGGCUGUUUUUUAAGUUGUGGAUCUCAUUCUCCUCCCUUAUUAUUUCAGUGUAGGACUGACUUUUGUUUUUGUAAUUUAACAUCACUUAAAAGAAAAAGUUUUAUGGUGUGUUUUUUUUAUUAUUCUUUCUUUUGCUUCCUCUCUUCUCUUAAAACAGUAUUUAAAGAUUUUUGGGCAUGUAUGAUUUAAUUUAUAGUUUUUACUGAACAAACAGCUGCUUCACAGACAGGAGUUGGGUCAAGUCGAGACCAACUCAACCAUCACUAUAUUUGUUCCAUCCUCACAUUGUCACCCUCCUCAUCCCUUCCCCUCUCGCUUGCUCUGGAUUCCGGAGCCAAUGACUUUGAGAUUUCAGACUUGAGCUCAGACACGGAUGCUCGACUCAGCUCCCCACGGACGUGUCAACUCACUGAUACUACCUGGCACAGCAGCCGGUGCCCAUGGACACAAAAUGGUGCCUGGACGUGUGCCUCCUCUCCGUGUUUCUGUACCUUCAGCCCAGAUGCUCAAGUACCAGCGAAUGCAGGAAACUGCAUGGACAUUUCAAAAAAGUUUUUUUGGGGUCCUUAAAAAACAAAGAAAGAAAAAUAUAACGUGUUAAAAUAUCAAAUCUAUAUGGAGGAGAAAAACCUUUACUGUACACAAAAAGACAUUAAGCAGAUGUUGUAAUAAAAAUAUGCCAGUAGUGACACUGAACUUGAAAUGAGUGUUUUGAGUGUGACGCCCACGAGGUAAAAAGCGCUCAGACUGUCUGGCCUGGGCCCCAGCUGCCCCACACUCAGACCAACUUCCUCUUCACUCAGCUUGGCAGCACCUGGACUCUCCUGUUGUAGACCAAACAGUCUGUCGGUUGAGCCACCAGCUGCCCAGUGUCUCCUCUAACACCCCCCACAGCUCCCCACUCACUAGAGACCUCACACCUUCCAUCGCUGUGUGCUGGGGCCAUUGCCCUCUACUGGGACACUCCUCAACACUGUGGUUUUCACCCACUUUGGCCUAGACAGGAAACACUGUGCUCUUUUCAGGCUUGGCAUGAACAAGCUCACGAGCGGUGUUAUGCACUUAAUGUGCUCUCCUCCUCCAGAGUCUCCUGGGAAAGGAAUGCGUCUGGACACGGGGGCAGGGUGAGCCGCCGAAGCUUUUAUAAGACAGAAGAAAGGCAGAGUCUCACAUGUGCAGUAGCUGCGCUGUGCUACAAUAAUACAUACGACAUCCCCACAUGCGUGCACACUCAAGUGUGUUAGGGCAGUGCAGGCAUUCAGGCGAAACAAUGGUCCCAGCGUUCCCAGCAGAUGAUCAAAGCUCCAGCGUGCCCCUGUUCACUGGGCUUCCUCUGCUUUUUCAAUCAUUUGACUUCAUUGUUAGCAGACGGUUUUAUCCCCACCCUGUUUGUCAGAAUGUGGGUCGCAGGUGAAAGCAGUUAGUCCAGGAUGGUUUGGGCCCUGCUUCACGUUAAUCUGCCUGGCUGAACAAACAGCACCGGGAAGGGAGGGGAGGCUUGAGGGGAGCGCUCGGGGGGACUGGUGCGCUCUCCCCCUCGGCAGGCUGGGUGGCCCGGACGCCAGGGGUACAGAGGGAGCCCGGUUUUUUUUUUGUUCUGUGCCGCCAGAAUGGGGGCAGCUGUUGUUGUCUGGGGGCCUCUGCCCAACCUCGGGUGAGACUGUACAGGAUCCCCCAUCUCUCAACGCGACUUCCCUCCUCUCCCACUGAACCGCCAUCACUCACUCACUCUCACUUACCCGUCCAUCCGUCUCCAGUGCCAGAUCAGCUGGGGGUGUGCAGUGUUUUGUAGAAGCCCAGGGGAGCGAGCAGACAUCCAGCCAGAGGAAGAGAGGACUUUUAUUGUGUCAGUUGCCAGGCAAAAGCGCUUUUUAUUGCCACUGAGGAAAUCCCUGUGUGUGUGUGUGUGUGUGUGUGUGUGUGUGUGUGUGUGUGUGUGUGUGUGUGUGUGUGUGUGUGUGUGUGUGUGUGUGUGUGUGUGUGUGUGUGUGUGUGUGUGUGUGUGUGUGUGUGUGUGUGUGUGUGUGUGUGUGUGUGUGUAAAUAAUUGUUUAAAAAGAGAAGGGGAUCGGCCUCGGCUAAACUCUGAGCUUUUUUAUGCAUCUGCUCUAAAUGCAAAUUGAUAGACAUUCCACUGUGCUCCAUCCUGUUCAAUGCAGAUUUUCUUACACAGCUUCCCUUUACAAUAACAGAUCUUAAAGACUGGGCCGGGUGCAGUUGUGGUUUGUUGAUGGUCACAAGUGCAGGUGCAAGCCAGUUAAAUCGAACCCAUGCCGCAGAUGUACACUCUACUGUUGUUCCAUUCAAACCUUUAUUGAAAUUAUGAAAGAACAUAUUUAACGUAUUAACUAAAGAUUUAUAUUCACUUUGUAAAUAAUGUAGUCAUUAAUAUAUUAACUGUUCAUAUAAGAAUAAUCUUCAAAAGGUUAUAUAUAAAUUGGACCAGAACUUAGGCUCCAGACGGCCUAAAUGUUUUUGCUUUCUUUUUAAAAAAAGUGAUCUUUGCAGAUAACUGAAUUGACUUUGGUCGAGUGGAUGUGGGGGAGAGACAUGCAUGGUUUACUGAGACAUGACGCAGGACAAAGGCUUAAUAGGAAAGAUGAUACUUUGUUACACACAUCCCCCCUUUGCUGAAAACUGAUGCAUUUGUUUGUUGUGGAUUUCAUCUUUGACGGAAUGUUGAACUUGUAAUGUAACAAGCUUUUAUAUCCUCUUUGUCAAAAAAAACUCUCCCCUGAGCUAAAUUAAAACUAUUUGUUUAAGAAAAAUCAUUUUGGGGGAAAAGAAAAGAAAAUUCUAAUUGUUUUUUUUUUUUUGCAUGUUUGCUUCCCCUUAUGUUUAGUGUCACUAGGCCGCUCUAUCAAUCAGUUUAUUGUGAGAAAAAAAAAAAUCCCCAAAUGUAAGACACAAAAUAUUGAGAUGGCUCAUAUGCAUGAACAUUGAAUAUGUGGAAGUUUUGUCAUUAUUGAUUCCAGAGGCUAAAUAUAAAGUCAGAGUCAGAUUAUGAAAAACAAGAAAUGUAGCCUAAUUCGGAAAUAUUACACUGUGUGUGUGCGCGUGUGUGUGCGCUUGUGUGUGCGUUUGAGAGUGAGAGAUGAGCUCCCACGUCUGACUGAAACACGGCAGCUUUGAAAAGGGAAAGAGAGAAACUUGCUCCUGUAGCUCUGGAUGUGUCGUUAUGUUUUUCUGAUUUGAGAUCAUAUAUCCUCGUCUGAAAAGAUGAUCAGUAUUAGUUUUUUCUUUUUGACUUAAUUACCUCUUCAGCGGAACAAUGAAAAAAAAAAAAAAAAAAAAGAAUCAUUUGAAUUCAUCACGUUUGCAAAUACCUAAUAUGUAGUUUUUCUUUCUGUGUAAUUAGCAUUUUAUACACAAGGGGGCGAUGUUUAUCUUUCUCUAAUUGUGCUCUGUAAUGAGAAAAGGACUAAGUGAGCAUGGAGAGAGAGAGAGAGAGAGUCUCCUGUAACAUGGCGUCCUGGGCCAUUUUGCAUUUUGCAGUGUUAAGAGAACUUGGAUUCAGCUUUGUACAGAAUUUUUACAGGUGUGAAUUUUUGCCCAACCAAGUAAAAAAGGAGGAAGACAGAGCCAGGCUUUACCACAAAAACAUAUUUUAAUACAAACACUGGUGAACAGAUCCACGGUUGAACUGUUGCAGGUGGUUUGCUUUGUAGUUGGGUGUUUAAUUUUCAGCCAGUAGUUAUUCUGCGCCACUGUGGGAGGAGUCUGAAGUGCAGGGCCGCGUUGUUGAUUGGUCGCACAGAUCACUGGCCAUGAAGAAUAUUAUGAUUUCAUGUCCAAACAUCCUGUUAUAGAUAUUAAAAAAAAAUAUUUAUGGCUUUGCUAAAUAAGAUCCCUCUUCCCCCCUCGAUGCUGAAAAUGAAUCGCAGUGUCCGUGUAUGACCAUUGCAUACGUUGCCAAUACUACAGUGUGAUGAGACUUUUGUUCUUGCAUGAAUCGAGACACUGUUCUCCUACCUCAUGUUGUGAUAUAAAAAUAUGUUUUUUAAGCAGAAGACACUGCAUCUCUAACUGUUUAUCAUCAUUGAUAUUUACUAGUAAAUGACAUACCUGUAAAUGCUUUUAGCUAAUACCUCAGUUGUAUCUAGUGUUUGUUUUUUUCUGUUUUUGCCCUUCCCUGAUUUCAGAUCUUGUAAAUAUGCCCUGUAUAGACAAUGAACUUGGAUCAAAUUCAAGUAAAGUUCUGUAGUGUCGAA